UACAUUUAUCGCGGUCAGGUGAUAUGUGUGUUUACCUUAGCUUAAUUAUAAAGAACGCUGCUUUAUCUCGUGACCUGUCAUACUCAUGUGACUUCUCGUCCAAGUUAUUUAUAGUAUCACUAAGUGCUUAUUUUGAAAUACAACCAGUAGAUUUACUUAAAACGGGUAUUCUGUUAUAACCAGACGGUAGGUUGUGAAAACAAUAAAGGAUAAAAUGUCUAAAGAACGAGAGGCUUUCCAGCAACGGACUGUUGAACAGACACAGCCCGGCUCAAACCCGCAACCAGCUCCCGUCUUUCAUACGGAGCAAUAUGAUUCGCGUCCGCCACAGACUGGUGCUUACCCAGGACUAACGUACAACACGUCGGCUCCAGGCCCAGCCACAGUUGUACCAGGUCCGGUUACGGCUCCUGUAUAUCCACAGAUUCAUGGAGUGGUGCAAGCGAAGAAGUCCCUCGUGGACUGUUAUAUUCUGUGGUUAAUUCUAGGACUGGUAGGAGCGCAUCAUUUUUACUUACGGAGACCAUAUUUCGGUGUGUUGUAUAUUUUGACGUUUGGCCUGCUAGGAUGGGGUUAUAUCGUAGAUAUGUUCAGGAUGCCGUAUUUAGUGAAGGAGGCUAACAAACGACUGGCUGAUCCUCGAAAAGACAACAAGAAAAAUAUCAGCGAUGCUUAUACUUUAUGGUUCCCAUUCGGACUCUUAGGUUUUCAUCAUUUUUAUCUGAACCGUCCAGGGUUUGGUGCUUUGUACUUUUUCACGUUUGGACUGUUCGGUAUUGGCUGGUUGGUGGACUUGUUUCGUAUCCCGUCUCUAGUGAAGAAUACCAACAAUGAUCCGGAGCUAGAUAAUAAUAAACAUGUUGGUGCAGCCUAUGCUUUAGGAAUGUCUCCUCUCGGAAUCCUCGGAUGUCAUCAUUUCUAUCUGAGAAGGCCAAUAUUUGGUCUGGUCUAUUUCUUUACUUUCGGAAACUUUGGGGUCGGCUGGCUCGUUGACUGGUUCCGUAUGCCCGUGUUAGUGAAACGGACAAAUAAAGAAAUUGCGCUUGGAGACAAGGGAGAAAAACAUGUUGACGAUGCUUAUGUAUUAUGGUUUCCCCUUGGUUUGAUUGGAGCACAUCACUUCUAUCUAAACCGGCCAGUGUGGGGGUUCCUGUAUUUUAUGACAUUCGGAUUGAUGGGUAUAGGGUGGAUUGUUGACGGGUUUAGGAUGCAUUGUCUCGUGAAAGAUUGUAACAAACUGACAGAAGAGAGGAGAAAGUUACCAUUUUAUCGUGGAGGUAGUGCAGGUGUUGUGAUCGCCACCCCUGGCCUUACAGGCACUGAGGGAUAUGCUGCUCCUGUCUAUUUCCCACAACAUCAACUCCCACAACAACAACAACAACAACAAUAUCCACCACAGUAUCAGCAACAUCAGCAGCAGCAGCAGCAGCAGCAGCAGCAACAACAGCAACAACAACAGCAACAACAACAGCAAUACCAGUAUCCCUCUGCCUAUCCAAAUCCCCAGCAAGUACCUUCAUACAUGGAGCAGCCCCCACCAUAUAGCCCUCCGUCAGCACCUGGUCACCCACAGAACGGAACAAAGCAAUAAAAACUAAAAACUGCGCAUGUGCGAAAAUAACAUCCAUGAUGAUCUGAACAAGUUCAAACUGUGAUGACCCAUGACGUUUGAUUGAAGUGUCCCGUCUUUUAUGUCUACAUGUAUUUGUUUUUGUGUUAAUGUGUAAUAGUGCUUGCUUACUAUUUUGCAUUAUGAUGCGUCACUUUUCUAAUUUCACAUUACAAGUCGACACAGUGCUAUGUUCAUAACGAUGUGACACAGCGUUAUUUGCGACACAGCGUUAUUUGCGACACAGCGUUAUUUUAUAUGAGACAGUGAUAUUUAUAUGUGCCAUAAUGAUAUUGUAGUAUGUAAUAUUUUUGAUAUUUUUGUUGUGAUGUAAAUUAUGUUGUGAAAAGUAAUAUACUGAUGAUGAUAAUAAUGAUAUAGGUUUAACUUUAAGGUGGCCAACAUAUAUAUUCUAUGUGACAAAAAUAAAAUCAAAUCUUAGCAGUUGCGACACCUUAGAUGUAUGAUGUGCCAUUUGAACGUCGUUUUUAAUGUAUAUCACUUUAUUGUUAUGUAUAUUAUAUUAAUAUUAAAUUUAUUUGUUAAUGUU